AUGGCGCACCGCAGUAACUUUGGCACGGAGCAGGAUAAGGAUAAUUGCUCUUUUUAUCUAAAGAUUGGUGCUUGCCGCCACGGCGAGCGGUGCUCAAGGAAGCAUAUACACCCCAUUUCUUCUCGCACGAUCCUUCUGUCGAACGUGUACCAAAACCCACGCCACACCGAUCCGCAAUGUCCGCUUUCGGAUGAAGAGCUGCAACAGCAGUUUGACGACUUUUAUACCGACUUUUUUGCAGAACUGUGUCUUUAUGGCGAGUUGUGCGAGAUGCACGUAUGCGACAAUGUCGGCGACCACCUGAUCGGCAAUGUUUACGCACGCUACGAGACAGAGGAGGAUGCGCAACGCGCGGUGGACCGCCUGAAUAAUCGCUGGUUCAAUGAGCGGCCUCUUUUUGCAGAGUUGUCGCCAGUAAGCGAUUUUCGCGAGGCGCGAUGCCGCCAGAAUGAAACCAAUGAAUGCAAUCGCGGCGGUCUGUGCAACUUUAUGCAUUUGCGUCUUCCGAGCCCAGCGCUCGCACGGGAACUGAAUCACCAGCUGGCUGUCGAGAACAGGGCGCAACGGCUAGAGCGCCAAGCGCGCAACGAUUUCUACCGCUUGGGCUGGAAGGACCGCAACGCGGCACUCGAGGCGGACGCUUCGCGUUUUCACGCCGAUCUUGGCGCAAAUUUGAACGCACCCGACUGGCGCAACGGGCCAAGCGGCGGCGACUGGCAUACAGAGGCGACGCCGGCAUAG